CAUCAAUUUCAACAACAGAGGCCCUUCCGCCAAGCAUUCGGCAGAUCAUCAGUUCACCGCCUUGCAACCCCAGGCAGCCCGCCGCACCACCGCCAUAGAGGCAACACUCUCCCUCCUCCUUCUCCCCCAGCCCGUUCCUCCUCCAGCUCCCUCCCUCUCCCUCUCCGACCACCAUACAAAGAUGCUGAACAGACCACAUGACGACGAGUAUGGCAUAUCCAUAGACGACGACGACGAUGAUAUCUUGUCUCCUCCAUCAAGGCACAGCGCUACCGAAAGGAAGUCUGAAAAGAAAACAUCGAAUGGAGGAAGGAGUUAUAGGAGUGUUUUCAACCUCGAAGACGAGUAUACCGACGAGGGGGUGACUAAGAGGAUGAUGGGUUUCGGGAGGAAUACCGCGAGGUCAAUUACCAGCGGCCGGGGGAUAAUUGGGAUAUUAUUCGGAAUUCUGAUCUUGAUUACGUUACUGGCAUACGUCGUCGGCCCACUGGCCAUGACGUUCUGGAACCUGCAAUCGGCACCAUCGCCACCUUCACCGCACACGCAAAAGCCCGCUCAUCUCGAACUGAACCACACAAAAUUAGCGUUACUGGUCGAACAACGAGCGCUCAUGAACAUGGCCCCCAUCCUCCUACACUACAUGGCAACAGUCCCCGACGACUGGCCAUUCCACGUGAUGCACACAGCCGCCAACGCACACAUCUUCCAAGAAAGCUACGCGCUCCGAAAGUACGUUAAAACCGGCAAAUUGAACCUAACCCUCAUGCCCGCGCACAUCAUCCUCCGCAAUGCGCCGGACGUCUCGGCCUUCCUCACAAAAACAUGGCUCUGGGACCAGUUCCCAGCCGCCGAACACAUUUUCUUCUUCCAACUCGACGCCAUGAUCUGCUCCAACUCCCCACAAACCAUCGACGACUACAUUCAGUUCGACUGGGUCGGCGCCCCUUGGCCGCAUUUCCCGCACCUGCGCGGCGGGAACGGCGGGUUCUCGAUGCGAAGGAAAUCCCGCAUGCUGAGGUGCCUGAGGGACCGGAAGUGGAAUCCGGGGGAUCAGCCGGAGGAUGUGUGGUUUACGGAGUGCAUGCAGUCAUACCCGGACGCGCAUAUGCCGACGCUGGAGCAAGGGAGGGCGUGGGCGGUGGAGGGGUACGAUAAUCCGGGGUAUUUGGGGAUACACAAGCCGUACAAUGGGGUCAAUGUGACGAGUCACUUUGGAUUUUGCCCCGAGGCUGCUAUGCUCUUUAUUCCAUGAGGUGGAUCGAGGCAACGCUGGCGGAGGGACAUCGGAGAGGCCGACCACUCGAAAGUACCACUCGAAACACCACGCGAAUCGAAAACAGGAAAGAUCUCGAUCCGGACUGCAUACCAUUGCGAGUCCUCGACUUACAGACACUUGAUAUUGGAACGAAGGGAGGGACAUGCCGGCCCUGGGGCGUUUCGAGCUGGGUAUUAGAUCUUAGAGAGCGUUGUGUGUCGAACUUCUUUCUUGGACUCUUGACUUUGCCUUGUCACGGAACCGCGAAUUCGCGGUCACGUGGCGAACAUAUUAGAAACUUGGUAAUUUAACACGAGUGCUUUCAUACUCCCCAGCGUUUUUC